UGUGUGUUUCAUGUACUCUGUGCUGGUAGCAGGGUGAAAUCAAACGAGAUUUAUAAUAUAGGUAUAUAUAUGUGUUGUGUGCGUUGUUCACAUUUCCUUAAUAUAAUAUUCUUCUUAAGAGGUGACCGGAUAUUGUCAAUUAAGAAAGGUGCAACGAUAGUUUUAACAUCAGAUGUCUGUAUUCAGCUUGACAAUGCGGGCAGAUUAUAUUUAUGGAAUCGGAAAUGAGGUGCUGACAAUUGCGGUUCUUGUAAUAAUUGGACUAAUACCGCUAAUUCACUUUACGAUACGGAACACAGAUUGGAGAGGUCUGUUGAACUCAGUUGGUACACACAACUGGUGGAUAUUUUCUGAUCGUCACAAUGAUGCUUCAGUUACUGGUGCUAAUAUUCAAGAGACUGGAAAUCGCCUUGAAAAUGUUGAACCUGGUGUACUUCAAAUUCCCAGCCGAACAUAUAACUUAGAACGUUGUCCAAUAUGCUUACAUGAACAUCAGCUGGCUGUUGAGACAAAUUGUGGACAUCUGUAUUGUGGAAACUGCCUUCGCACGUACAUAUAUAUCAGAGGCAUAAUGUCCCGUAUCGCCUGCCCAAUGUGCCGUCAACAGAUAUCAGUUCUCUUUGCUUGUUUCACCGAGCGAGAAUUACAGCGUACCCCAGCUUCAGAUGUUGGACCUGAUGUACAAGUUCUGUAUCAAAUGAUAGCUGACUAUAACCGUAGGUUCUCUGGUGAACCUCGCUCGUUUAUGGAAAUGAUUCGUGAUUGCCCAACCCUGAUGCGGCACCUUUGGAAUGAAUUCUUUUCUGUUGGAGGUUUGAUGCUGAUGUUUAGAAUUAGAAUAGUGCUCUGCUUCUUAGCAGCAGUGAUGUACUUAGUUUCGCCACUAGAUAUCAUUCCGGAAGCUGUGUUCGGUGUCUUGGGGCUAUUAGAUGAUGUAUUUGUUUUGUUCUUAUUGGCAAUAUACAUCAGUAUAAUUUAUCGGAGAUUAGUGGUGAGCCGAAGUAUGGCCACCUGAUGCCAAUCUCUGUGUUAUAUAGGAGAUACAGUACCUGUGAUACUUGGUGAGUUUUGCUUGUGUUAGCUUUAUACAAUAUAAUAUUUGCAUUGUAUGUACAGGUAUGUAUAUGACAUGAAAAUAAUGUUUAGGUCGUUUGGGCUGUUUGCCAUUGGUUGCCUUGGUAUUAUUCAUUUUCUUAAUGUAGGAUGUCAGGAAGUAUGGUCAUUGCGUAUGUGCUUACAUUGAUCCAAAAAGAACAAGGUUCAUAUGUAAAUACAACAUGUCGCAUCGCUGUAGGAAUCUAAGAGCAGCUCAGUUCAAGAAUUUUUAUUGCAUGAAUAAAUUGCGUUUUUCUUUUCCUUGUUGCUCCCAUCUGUAAGCACCCUGAAAAUAAUGCCUUGUGAUCUGUUUCUGCAAAUGUUAUUGAAAAAUCAUAGGCAGUGGUCAUUUGUAUCGUUUGAUUCUGCAGAUGAUAGUAUGCCACUUUUUCAUAUUUUCAUUAUCUAACCCACGGUACGAAGGAGACUGACUGUAAAUUAAACAUUAAUUAUCUAUUAAAAAUGCUUUUCAUUAAACCAGCUUUUAUGUGACUGUUAUAAUGGCAACUUCAUGACAUGUAAAUACAUAUGGCAUAAAGGAAGUCAAAUGGAAACAUUUUGAAACUGAGAAAUUAAUUAUUGCGUGGGAUGAUAAAGUUGUGGAAAAUGUUACACAACUGAUUAUUCCAGUUGUACUGAUGUAGUGUUUGUUUACUAAUUGAUCGUCAUAUAUAUGACUUCAUAAUAUAUGAGAGAUAUUCUGUAAUUAUUUCCCAGGUUAUCUGGCUUCGAGUUCACCAUUACUUGAAUAAAAUGUAAAUAUAUAAUCACAAAUG